UGCGGCUUCCUGCACUACACCCUCCCCGAGGGCCGGCCCUUCCAGCUGAGCUGCCUGACCUCAGACCUCGUGGGCAACGGGAGCCAGACCUACAGCUACACCUGGAGCUUUGCCCCGGGCCUCAUCACCGCGAAGGACGUCCUGUUCAGGCCUUUCAGGAACCCCCGGCCUGUUGUCAGGUUUUCCCCUACCAAGGAGUCGGAUGCAGGGACUUACCGAUGCGAAGUGCAGCUGGUGAAGACAUUCAAAGUUGUCAAGAGGGUCUACUUUGCAAUCAGAGUGAUCCACAAGGAUUUGGUGGAUCUGAACUUCCAGAAAUUCCUGACUUGGGAACAGAAGUUAGCAGCAAGCGAGGUGGAAGAGAACCUAGAAACGGGCGUCUAUGAAGUGCAAGAAGAGGAGCCCUUUUGGCGAGGAGAAUUGUUCUAUCAGUGCUUGGUAGGAAUUGGCAGCGGGGUGACAGGGGGUGUCUUGCUGAGCGUGGUGCUCCACCACUUGCAGAAGAUUUGGAGAAGAAGGAGAGCUGCAAAGCAAGGAGCUGAGAUUUAA